AUGUCGCGCUGGCACGAGACCAAUUGCGAUCUCCCUCGUGUUGAGGUCGAAGAUGGAAUCCCCGUCUGUCGAGCGUGUCAUCGAACAGCCCACGCGGCCAAGCCAACAACAGACGACGUCACGGCCGGUUCAAUCCCGGCAAUUCCUCCCAAUCAGGCAACAGGUAUGAUGAACCUGUGGUGGCCUCAUUCUGUUCCGUUUAAGCUUCCGCCAGAUGCUGUCAACAGCCAUUUCAACAACUCGGACAAGAGCCAAGAAGCCAGCGAAGUAGCAGAAAGUCUUUGCGUUCAAAUGCAAUCAACAGAGAGAGACUCUGAAGAAGCACAAGACAUCCGAGUUCAUCAAUCGCCUAUCUACCCUCAGACAAUUCGAUCCGAGGAAUUUCGGUUGAUCAGUUUCCCGGCUGCUGAAACUAGCGAUAGUCUUGUGCACCUUGACCUCGAACUUUACGCCUUUGACAAUUGCCCCGAAUACGAGGCAGUGUCCUACACCUGGGCCGGAGAAGACGAUAAUUGUGCAUUACAGAAUCCCACGAAAAAUUGCUGGGAGAUGCUUCGCUUCGUGCGACCUAAACGAGGCUUACGAAUGCUGUGGGUCGAUGCCAUUUGCAUCAAUCAGGCCAAUGUCAUAGAGCGGAACGGCCAGGUUGCAAACAUGGCGCGAAUCUACUCAGAAUGCCUUCGUUGUGUCGUGUACCUCGGACCCGAUGUCGCCACACAACUUGAUAAGAAUUACCCUCGACGAAGACGGCUCCAUGAGCUAGAGAUAGGCUCAAUAAUCCCCAAUCUUCCCGCUAAUUCGACAGUCCCUCGGUCUAUGUUAGGAUUAAAAGCUAUAUUAGGGCGUAAAUACUUCACUCGCGUCUGGGUAGUACAAGAACUACUCCUCUCACAAAACGCCGUUAUUCGCGUUGGAGAUGUUGACUUCUGGAUUGACGCAACUGGCGCGUCUUAUUUUUUAACAGAGGCUUCCAGAUGGAAAUGGGAAUCAACAUCCGCACCUUGGGCACAGCAUCUGACACAGGGCCAAUCUAUGCUGAAAGACCUCACUGAGCUCUUAUUGCUCACUUCAAAGUCACAAUCAACUGAUCCUCGCGACCGUGUAUUUGGUGUAUUUGGAAUUGUGCCUAAACCCGGCGACCCCUCGGCACAAAGUUACACAACGACAGCUUUGCCCUCGAAUGAUGGCUUAGAAGCUGAUUAUUCUCUAUCGGCAAACCAAGUUUUUAUUGGCACGUUCGCAUAUUCUCUGUUGGUACUCAAGAAGCCCGGGUUGCUGUAUCAAGCCUGUGGACUCGAAGGACAAGCCCAAGAUUAUCCCUCUUGGGCUCCAGACUGGAGGUGCAAAGACUGGAGGGCCAUAUUCUCACCUCGGGAGACUACUAGCAAACUAUCUCCGGAUCAAAUUCUUUCACAAGUUGUGUUGGAAUGUCCUAGGCGAAAGGUUCCACGCAUAGCCUACGAGCUUUGGGGGCCCGAGACAGACUGGAUCAAGGCAAACAAGCCAUGGCAUCAAGGAGCCUUCGUCAACAGUGCGACAGGAGCCUUGAAUAUCAAUGUAACGCAAUUUUUCACCUUCAAGACGCGGCCGAUCCGCAUCGCCAGAAAGCAGGCCUCUCAUAUUUUUCUCAUGCAACCUCGGGAUGCUCACGCGGCCUAUAUCGUAUCGGAGUCUCCCCUUGACGAGCUCAUAGAGAAUAUUCAUUGUCCUAAAGCCCACGGGAGAAUCAAAGACAAACUUCACACUGGUUGCAGUUUGUCCAUACGCCUUUAUUGCGUCACCUGGCCGAGGAGUAUUCAUUUCCAGCAGGCUGCGCCUCGACGAUCUUCAAUCGAGCCUCUUCGACUCCCUCAAGAUCUUUCGAAAACUUCGCGAUCAGAAGCUAGAUGA